AUGGCGAUUAAGCUUGCACUUGUAAUCACACUCUUUGUAGCCUUAUGGGAUGCUUCAAUGGGAAGAUCUCUUCCAUUUUCGACAAAACCACUUGAUCGUUAUAGUUUUCCUCCUGAUUUUACUUUUGGUGUUGCUUCUGCAGCUUAUCAGUAUGAAGGUGCAAUUGAAGAAGGAGGGAGGACACCGAGCAUUUGGGACUCAUUCACGCAUGCAUUUCCAGAGAGGACUAAUAUGGAUAAUGGAGAUAUUGCCGUUGAUUUUUAUCAUCGUUACAAGGAUGACAUCAAAUUGAUCAAAGAAAUGAAUAUGGAUACAUUCAGAUUCUCCAUCUCCUGGUCAAGAAUAUUACCAAGUGGCAAACUAAGUGGUGGGGUAAACAGUGAAGGAAUUCAAUUUUACAAAAAUGUUAUUGAUGAACUUAUCGAGAACGGCAUAAAACCUAUUGUAACUAUCUACCAUUGGGAUAUCCCUCAAGUUUUAGACGAUGAGUAUGGUGGUUUCUUAAGCCCUAGGAUCAUUGAUGAUUACCGGAACUACGCUAAAUUGUGCUUCGAAGAAUUCGGUGAAAAAGUUGAUAUGUGGAUAACUGUCAACGAACCAUAUGUUUAUAGUGUUGCGGGUUAUGACAGUGGUAGUAAAGCCAUGGGACGAUGCUCGAAAUGGGUAAACAGCUUAUGUGUUGCUGGUGAUUCGAGCACGGAACCUUACCUAGUCUCUCAUCACCUCCUUCUAGCUCAUGCCGCAGCUGUUGAAGAGUUUAGAAAUUGUGACAAGAUUUCAAAAGAUGCUAAGAUUGGUAUAGUGUUAUCUCCUAUGUGGUUCGAACCUUAUGAUAUUAAUUCCCAAGCGGAUAAAGAAGCAGUUGAACGAGCUCUUGCCACCUAUAUUGGUUGGCAUCUUGAUCCUCUAAUCUUUGGAGAUUAUCCAGAAACGAUGAAGAAAAACGCUGAAAAUAGAUUGCCUUCUUUUACGAAAGAACAAGCAGACAUGCUCAAAAAUUCAUUUGAUUUUAUUGGAAUAAACUACUAUACUGCCCAAUUCGUCGCUCACAAGCUUCAUACUGACCUUUCACGACUUCGUUUCUCCACGGAUCAACACCUUGAAUACAAAAGAACAAACCGUAGCGGCGAUCACAUCUCUUCAAAAUCGGAUGGAUCAAAACUUCUUUAUUCAUAUCCUCAAGGAUUUCGAAAUAUUUUAAAUUACAUUAAAAAUAAAUAUAACAAUCCAACGAUUUACAUAACUGAAAACGGAUUUGAUGACUACGAUCUUGGCCAGCUUCCACGUGAAGAAAUAUUAAAGGACACACAGAGAAUCGAAUACCAUGAACAACAUUUUCAACAACUCCACAAAGCUAUCACUGAGGAUGGGUGUGACGUCAGAGGCUAUCUGGCAUGGUCAUUGUUGGAUAACUUUGAAUGGGAACAUGGAUACGCCGGGAGGUUCGGUCUUUAUUAUAUUGACUAUACAAACGAUCUAAAACGAUACGCUAAAGAUUCUGCAAAAUGGUUCAAACAUUUCCUCAAAAGAUCAGAAAAAUCGACAAUGUUGGGUCGGUUUAAGAGUAUCAAGAAGUGGUGGUAUGCGUUACAAAUGAUCUAA